AUAGUUGGGGUGAUCUUGAGGUACGGGACUCCCUCCAGCAGCGGCCAUGACAAGCCGUUCAGCUGCUCGCAGGAGGACAGGCCGUUCACAACCCUGCUGGUCAACGUCAGCGGGAAGUUCUUUGAGUACACACUCAAAGGGGAAAUAAGCCCUGGGAAGAUCCACAACGUGGAGCAAAAUGACAUGUUGAGAAAGGUAACAUUUGACCCAGAAGUUUUUUUCAACAUUCUGUUGCCUCCAAUUAUUUUUCAUGCUGGUUAUAGCCUAAAGAAAAGACACUUUUUCAGGAAUUUGGGGUCCAUUUUGGCUUACGCCUUUUUAGGAACAGCAGUCUCUUGUUUUAUUAUUGGGAAUCUUAUGUAUGGGGUUGUGAAACUAAUGAAGUUGGUGGGUCAGCUCUCUGAUAAAUUCUACUAUACAGACUGCCUCCUCUUUGGAGCGAUAAUAUCUGCCACUGAUCCAGUUACCGUGCUAGCAAUAUUUAAUGAGCUGCAUGCUGAUGUUGAUCUCUAUGCCCUUCUGUUUGGGGAGAGCGUGUUGAAUGACGCUGUUGCCAUUGUAUUAUCUUCAUCUAUAGUUGCCUACCAGCCAACAGGUGAAAAUACUCAUGCUUUUGAUGCAGCAGCGUUUUUCAAGUCCGUUGGUGUUUUCCUGGGAAUAUUCAGUGGUUCUUUCAUGAUGGGAGCAGUGACAGGGGUUGUGACAGCUCUGGUAACGAAGUUUACCAAGUUGCACUGCUUCCCCCUGCUGGAAACGGCACUCUUCUUCUUGAUGUCCUGGAGCACUUUCUUGCUUGCAGAAGCUUGUGGAUUUACUGGUGUGGUGGCUGUCCUCUUCUGCGGAAUUACCCAGGCACAUUAUACAUACAAUAACUUGUCAGUUGAAUCAAGAAGUCGCACUAAGCAGCUCUUCGAGGUAUUGCACUUCCUGGCUGAGAACUUCAUAUUUUCUUACAUGGGUUUAGCACUGUUUACUUUCCAGAAACACAUAUUCAGCCCAGUUUUCAUUAUUGGAGCUUUUAUUGCAAUCUUUUUGGGAAGAGCUGCACACAUCUACCCUCUCUCCUUUUUGUUGAAUUUGGGCAGGAGGCAUAAGAUCACCUGGAGCUUUCAGCACAUGAUGAUGUUCUCAGGUCUCAGGGGAGCCAUGGCAUUUGCUCUGGCUAUACGAGAUACUGCUACCUACUCACAUCAAAUGAUGUUCUCAACAACUCUCCUCAUCGUCUUUUUCACUGUGUGGAUUGUUGGUGGAGGUACAACUCCCAUGCUGUCAUGGCUGAACAUCAGAGUUGGUGACCGUGUUCCAUCGGUGGAAGAGAUGAGUGAAAGCCGCUGGCUGUAUUUCAGGGUUGGGGUUGACCCAGAUCAGGAUCCUCCACCUACUAAUGACAGCUUUCAAGUCUUACAAGGAGAUGGCCCGGAUUCUGCAAGAAGGAACAGGACAAAGCAGGAAAGUGCUUGGCUCUUCAGGCUAUGGUAUAGCUUUGACCAUAAUUAUUUAAAGCCAAUUCUCACUCACAGUGGCCCUCCAUUGACCACAACUCUACCCAGCUGGUGUGGCCUGAUAGCCCGCUGUCUGACAAGUCCCCAGGUUUAUGAUAAUCAGGAACAGCUUAGAGAAGAGGAUUCUGAUUUUAUUCUGAAUGAUGGUGACCUUACUGUGACAUAUGGGGAUACAACAAUAACUGCAAAUGGUUCAUCUGGCCCCCAUACAGCUACCACUAGCCUUGAUGGCAGGAGAACAAAAAGUUCAGAGGAAGCAUUGGAACGUGAUUUGGGAGCAGCAGAUCAUGAAGUUACAAGCAGGGGUACCCGGCUAGUAUUUCCUCUGGAAUACAAUGCAUGAUUACUGACUCAGUAAAAAUAACUCUUGCUCUCUGAAUGGAUCAAGGAAGACUGCAGGCCACUGUGUCACUUGAGGUGGGGAAGUUUAUUCAAACAAGUUAACAUGCGUAAGUGGUUUUACAAGGGUCUGAAGAUGUCACCUGUUUUUCACUCAAGAUGCUGACAGUGGGGUUUUCUAAAUGUCUGAAUACAGACGAAUGAGAAAACUGGUCAUUCUCUUCUUUUCAACCACAUAUCGAAUCCAAGUAUAACUAGCAUGCUGCAAUUGUCUUGUUCAGCUGCAGCAGCUCUCUCUCUGAAGAGAGGUACAUGGAAAACAUUGUCACAGAACUGAGUUUGUCUUGACUUAGCUGGGGAAUGUGGAGGAAGAACUAAAAACUUGAUAAUUAUUAUGAGACAAAAAAGGAUGUGUGUUAUCUGAAUGUAGAGAAAUCCAUUGCUAACUUCUCUCCUGAGGCUGAGGAAGUGAAAUGGGACAGAAUACGAUAGGACUGCAGAUGCAUGAAUGGAAGACUGAGGAAUCUGUUACUGCAAGCUGUACUUAAUAUAUUUCAGGGAAAAAAGGGGAAAGAAGAUUUUUUCACUGGACAGCUGUUUAAAUAGGAAGGCAAUGAGAGCUAUUUGUCCCUUUAGCUUUGGGCAACUUGACUAUUACUAUUAACCUAACUUCUAGUGCCUCAAAUGAAAAACAUCCAGCUUCCUGUUAUCUAAGAUGCACCUGACCCAACAUAAGCCUGGAGCCAGGCUCUCUUGGAUAGCAGUCAUGAAGUAAAACUUUCUUUCCCUUAAGGAUUGUUGAAAAUUUGGGCAGGGGAAAACAGCAGAUAGGAGGAGGAGGGAGAAAAAAAGAGAGAGAGAGAGAGAGAGAGGCAGUAUUGAACUUGCCUGGAACCAUGAGGUUUCAUAUUGCUCCGAAGAAUUCAUGGACUCUGCUUACAGUUCUUGUGUGUGAUAAACAGCAAACAUCUAAUUAAACAGAAAAACAAAUACUACUGGCUUUACCAUUUGUGACUAUCCUAAAAAAACGCUGUUUACUCUUGUUCUCUCUUGCAGAGUAGAUGUGAAACUUCAGUGGGGCAUUGCACAACAGCAUAUAAGCUACAGAAGUGAUGAACUGUACUAUCAUCUUAAAUGUGAAAAGGGAAAAAUCUCUGACUAGUAUUUAGCCCACUUACACGUAGGCUAGCUUUAACUUAUUGCUAAAUGCUUUUUAAUUUCCAGAUGAAGAGAUAAUAAUUGUCUUUGCCAAUAGCUGAAAAUGUAUGCUUUGAGGAGCAGUUCAGCUAUUUAAAGCAUGCUAAAAUGUGAUUUCAUUCUCAUGUCUCAAAAAGAUUUAUUUUUUUAAAGAGUUCUGUGGCCCACUAAUGUGAUGUAAUAUCAAUUUGUCCAAAAAGUGUGUUUUUCUUGCUGACAUUUCAGUUGUUCCUCUCAUAAAAUUGUGUGUGAGUAAAUACCCACUCUGUUUUUCCUUACGUAUUAAACUUAUUGGGCUGACCUCGGUACACGAAUUUACUGCUGCAGAGAAACAUUGUAGUCGUGUUGUCUGGUCUAUUUUCUUUCACAUAUGUCCUAUGAUGAGUGAUCUACCUCCUUGUCUGUCCCUCCAAGGUAAAUUCGUAAAGGCCAUUGAUCUGUAAUCACUGUCUAACAUUAUUAAGAAAAGAGACACAAGGAACCCAGAAGUCUUUUUGUGGAAAAACUAAGACUGAUGUAGUCUGAGCUCUGUUUUUAAAUGGUAAAGACUAACAAACACUGAAGAUCUCUGAGCAGAACAACUCCUUUUCAGGGGCUGCACAUGUUUUGCACAAAAAAGUAAGUUCACUUCCCUGGGACUACAGGCUGUUUAUUAGUCAAAGCUGGGGAGCUCUGAGCAGAUCCUGUGACUGCUAAGAGCAGUCCUAUAAACAGGAUUUUUCAGGGUGCUUUCUGUGAGAGGUGUUGAAGGUGCUGCUGAUGCUGGCUCCAGGAGUAGCUCUGAUACUCUGAUCUCCAGUUAUCAGAAAGGGGCAAUGCUAUGACAAGUGUUGGCGCUGUGUGUUACAUGUCUGCUAUGCAGUGUAAGCUGGCUUUUCUGAUAAAACCUGAACAAGGGUGAAGUAUCACAUACUUGGUACUUGACCAAGUCUAGCCCUACUCCAAGGAUGCAAGUUUUAUGGCCUAUGAAAAGACAAAAAAAAAAUUAUUUACUUUUAUACUGAAGGAAUUGCCUUUUGGGAAAGGACUGCAGGAAUUUUGACUGGAGGAGUGAAAAAAAAGGUUUUUUUGGCUGAACUUCCAAAGAGCUGAUCUGAAGUGAGUACAUAGCAAAGGUUGAAAUUAUGUCUACUAUUAACUAAAUGAUAGCUACUAUGUUUUAUUCCUCGGGGGAGGGAAAGACAUAAUAGGAAGUCUAGCAACUUUAGUAGCAUGAGGAGCUAUCUAUAGUCUUUAUAAUCAGAUUGGAAUGGAAAGCAUGGUCCCUCUUGUAUAAUUUCAAUUAAAGUCAAAUUGCAGUCUCUCUUCAGACAGCAUUGGUCAGAGGAGCGUCUUUCAGUCUGAUUCUGAACAGUAAAACCCUAGGAACUAAUAUGGUUCACAUGCCUUUCAAAGAAAGGUUCAGUGUUUCCUUUAACUCUGAAGCAGCUCAGUGGAAUAACAUGCUUGACCUCAGCUUUGGCAGACAUGGUCUCUGCUUCUGCACCAGUGUGGGAAUGGAAUUUGGAUACUCAGAAACCUCAGCUUCGUGUGCUGUUCUUUAACAUGUAGGGGGAAGACCUUUGUAGGGGAGAAACCGGGGAAGUUACAGAUCCAUCAGCUGGGAGUAUUCCUCUCCUUAAUUUACUGAACUCAUGACCCACUGGAACUUAAAAGCAAGGGAAGACAAAUCAUGACCAGGAGGCACAGACCAUCCAGCAGAAGAGAAGCCAGUUAAUACCCUGGACUGGCUGUGAACAAUCUUAGUCAUAAUCAGAAUUGCAGAAAGUAGGACUGAGCUGCUGAGUAGGUUAAAUACAUUCCUAAGAGAAAAACUUGUAGAUUAACAAAUUCAAAUGCCCUAUAUUGGAAAAUGCUCUUUGUAAGAAGCAGCCCUUGCAAAUCUUUUUGCAGUGCAGGAGCAGGGUCUUGCUUCCCAGGUUUGGGGAGGAGAGUUUAAUACAGUGCACUGAGAAACCACAGAUUGCUUCUUGGUGUGGAAUUUUUGGGAGUGCCCUUCUGAAAAAUAACUUCCAGUAGAAAUAAGCCUGCAAAGUGAAAGAGGAGGAAAGUGUGGGGGAAACAGUGAAUUACAAAGCCAGGAAAUGGCUUAAACAGGCAGCUUUACUGUGGGAACAGCAUUGUAAACAAUUCCUAUUCUUAAUCUCACAGUCCUAAAUGCUGAGACGUUAUGUAGGCUUUGCAUAUUUUAUCCUAAAACAAGGGCAAUGGGACAAUGCAAAAGUAAUAAAACCACCCCAUCUUUAAUUGAUCAAAAACAAACGCUUAUACUGACUUGCUUCUAAUCCAGAGCAAGGAAAGUAACUUUGAACUUUUUUUUUUAAGGUAACCUCACAACUACAAUGUUUUCUUGACUCUAAAAUGCCUUUAGUAAUUUUGAAAGCAGUUCUAGGGUAACAUUAGUGUGACAAAUGUGGAGGUGCCUUACACAGCAUGCAUACAAACAAACAGGAUGUAAAUGCUUGGUGAAUCAUAUUUGAAUCUGUGUUGCAGAACUCAAAUGACAUAUCUUGUUUUGUUACGAGUGACUUACAUAAGCUUUUACUAUGGAAAUUAAACAGUUGUGACAAAGUGAUUAAAUAUUAGAAUCAGUUCAGAUUUUCAGGAAAUAAAAUUAUCUAUC